AUGGCCACCACCAUUCGCCUUCAGGACCAAGUGUACAAGGAUGCACUCAUGUGUGGGGACGUGACGCAGCUAGCGUACGUCGACGGAACCCUUGUGGGGGCCAUCAUGUGCCGCCUGGAGGCCCAGCAAGGCGGCGGUGCACGGCUGUACAUUGUGUCGUUGGGUGUGCUGGCCCCAUACCGCUGCAUGGGCAUAGGGUCGCAGCUGCUGGCGCGCUCCCUUGCGGCCUGCGGGGGCGACCCCGAGAUCACCAGCGCUCAGCUGCACGUGCACUGCGGCGACGAGGAGGCCCAGGCCUGGUAUGCCGGCAGGGGCUUCCAUGUGCAGGAGCGGAUACCCGGCUACUACAAGCGCCUGAAGCCGCCAGACGCCCUGCUGCUGUCCAGAGCGCUGCCGAGCGGCACGCACGAGGAGCAGCCGGCGGUGGCUGCGGCACCAGCGGGCGGAGGCGGCACGCCUCCAGGCAGCUAA